AUGCAUCCCGAGGAGCUGAAAUCGAAAGCAUUCGUACUGGAACCUCAGCAGGACAGCAGUGGCUUUUACCACCAACAGCAGCAGCAGCAGCAACAGCAACAGCAGCACUACCAUCAUCAACAGCAGCAGCAGCAGCAGUAUCAACAGCAGCAGCAGCAGCAGCAACAGCAGCAGCAACAUUUCACCCGCCAGACUGCCACCUCCUGCAUGCAGGACAAGUACAGCUCUGGCAGCACACUACGCGGACAGCUGCCGAUGGAAUGGGGCGACAGCCUGGCAACGGAGCGCGUCAUUGCCGGAGGGGGCGGGACCGUCGUCACCACCGUCGGCUCGCCGAUGACGCCCGGGCUCGGCGGGCACCAUCACCAUCAGGGCGCGGCGGACGUCGGCGUCACGUUCGUCACGCACGGCGGGUACGGCAAUGAGGCGGGCCAGCGGCGCAUGAUAGCGACGGCCGGCGUGGCGCAGUAUGCGGCCGGCCGCGUGGUGGACGGGUCGGCGGGCGGCUCCGGCGCCGGGUACUUCCACGAUCAGCUGGCCGCCCACGGCCAGUCCGUGGUGGGCACCGCGAUGGGCCACUUUGUCGCGGUGGAGGCGACGGGCGGGGGCGCUUACGCAACGGGCGGCAUCGGGGGCGGCGGCGGUCGGACGGUCGGCCCGAUGGUGGCCAGCCCGAACGCGGCCUCCCCCCCGGGUGUACCCGGCAUGGGCGGGGGCAAUGCGUACGGCCAUGCGGCCGGCACACCGACCCACGUGGCGUCCUACCUGCAGCAGCAGGGGUCGCCCAGCGGCAUGCAGCGGCUGAGCGAUAUGGGCGCGAUGCAAACGACCGUCGUGGUGACGGCAAGCUCGCUCGUUGCCCAGCAGCAGCAGCAGCAACAGAUGGUACCGGAGCAUCGGCGGGCCCAGCAGCAGCAGCAGCUGCCCCAGAUGCAUUCCGACUUUUCGUCCGGCGCUUCCAGAUCGCCGUUCUCGGCGGCCGUCUCGCUGCCGUCGUCCAGCCCGUGCCUGGUCGAUGCGACCGCCGUCGGUGGACAGAUAGUGGCCUCCUGCUCGAAACCCUCCGAGAUGGUGCUGAACAAUGAGGCGCUCAAGGUGGCCAACCAGAUGCCGGUCAUUACCCAGCAGCAGCAGCAGCCGAGGGCAACGCAGAUGUACGGCCUGCAAGGGUCGGGACCGAUGGAGGUGUCGCUCGAGUCGGAGUUUAGCUUCCCGGGUGUCGACCAAAGCGACAAUGUCCAGCAACAGCAACAGCAGCAACAACAAUCUCUCUCCCUUACCCUCAGCGGCAACGGUGGCCAAGCGCCCGUCGCCCGACCGGAACCGCCAAACGAACGCAUCACACGCUCGUCCACCGCGAACAAUCGGGCCGCGGCCCGGCUAGCCGCCAACGACGCUUCCGGCGACGGGGAAGCCGCCCUCGAGGAGGGCCUUCCGUCCGAUUCGCUCAACAGCAACGACCUGCACUCGGUGCUGGACGGGAAGCUGCUGGCGGACACGAAGCCAAACAUCAACAGCAUGCUGUCCCAGGGUGGCGAUGGCCAGCCGCAGCAGCAGCAGCAGUUGACCCCGGCGAUGGUGCUGCCCCAGUCCGACCAGCCCCGCAAGCGCUCCGUCAAGCACGUGCGCUUUGUCGAGCCGAACGAGGAGAACUCGUACGACGGGAUGCGGCAGACGCGCGGCAACGUCGUGUCGCCCCAUCCGCUCGGGCUGGGCCAGCGCACCGACGACAACGAGCAGGACGAGGAAGAGGACGACGAGGAGGAGGACGAGGAGGAGGACGAGGAGGGCGGGGAGGAAGAGGAGGAGGAGGAGGACGAUAUGGAUGGGCUGUCGCUGAUGCAGAACCUGCCGCCGGUGGAGAGUUUGCUGGUCGAGAUGGACGAACCGCUCGAGGAGGAGAACGACGACGAGGAGGUGGAGAUGGAGGACGACGACGACAAUGGGAGCCGGCGCCGCCUGUCCGGAAGGCGGGGGCGGCGCGGUGGCCACCACCUGUCCGGGCUGCACCGGCCGGGCCGGCCGCCCAAGCACAGCGAGUCGAUCGAGCUCGAGCUGGAACCGCUGCUGCCGGAAAUCGAGAUGAGCGAGGGCGUUGGCGGCGGCCCGGGCGGGGCCAGCGGUGCGGGCGACGAGAAGGGCGACGAGCAGCAGCGGAUCCCGCCGGUGGCGCACGUGUGCCGCGUCUGCCUGUGCGACGAGAAGCCGGCCGGCGAGGACGGCGAGGUGCGCCCGAUGGAGUCGCUCUACUGCACGGUCGUGCCGGAGUACCAGUCCCGCAGCCUGUACUCGAUCCUGGUCGCCGUCUGCCACCCGCUACAUCUCGGCAGCAACGCCGGCAUGCCGGACCGGAUAUGCGCCCCGUGCAAGACGAAGCUGCUGGCCGCGUACGAGCUGUACGACAUGUGCCUGCGCAACGACGAGAUGCUGCGCCGCAAGUACCAGGAGAAGCUGCUGCUCGCGUCCAGUGCGGCCGGCGGCGGGGGCGAGAUGCGCCGCAUCAAGAAGGAAAAGCUGGACAACAACGGUGUCGAUGCGCUCGGGGGGGACCACGACGACGAGGAUGACUACUACCGCGGCGGCAUGCCGAAGCGUGGCUCGAUGCGCGUGAACGAUCACGACGACACAUAUCUGUACGAUCGGCAGUACCCGCUGCAUUCGGCCAGCGCCGUCGCGGGCAGAAACUCCACCAUCGCGGCCUUGCAGUCCCGCUUCCAGCACCAGCAGCAGCCAUCGCACGGAAGAUGGGGCAAAUAUCAGCGCCACCAGUCGCAGCUGCACCAGGUGGCGAACGGGCCGGAAGCGCUGCGCCAGCUGCACGACGGCCGGAUGAAGCAGUCCGCCGCGGGCGGCGCCGCCCGGUCGGCCGCCAACUACGACUACAACGCAUUCCACCGCGUGCUGCCGAACGGUAGCCACCAGUGCACCAAGUGUAUGCGCGAGUUCAAGUACCACAGCUACUACAAGAACCACUACAUCAGCCAGCACGAUCCGAGCAAGCCGUUCAAGUGCCGCAAGUGCCACUACACCUUCCUGACCGAGCGGUGGCUGAUCGUGCACAUGCGCACGCACAUUGCGGCGGGCGAUCUGAUGCCGUUGGCCGGGGGGCCGGCGGCGGCGACGACCCAGGGCGCGGCCGAUGCCGGUGCGGUCGAUUCGUUCGACUCGUCGCUGGACGGUAGCGUGGAGCGGAGGAAGGGGGCGCGCGGCUUCGACUGCUACUACUGCGACAUGACGUUCCCGGCGAUCGCGCUGCAGAAGCGCCACAUGCUGUCGGUUCACGCGGACAAGCAUCGCGGGCUGGAGUGCCCGAUCUGUCAGUGCCGGUUCGCGAACCAGUCCAGCUUCCUGAUCCACCUGAAGGAGCACAAGGAGCAGAAGCGAUUGCGCAACAGCAGCGGCGGCAAGCAGGAGGAGACCGGCAGCAAGGGAGAGGACGCGACGGUCAGCAGUGCGGCGGUGAAGCGCGAGUACGGCUGCUCCGUCUGUGCGGUGACCUUUGCGCGCGAGGUGCUGCUGAACGAGCACCUGCACGAGCAGCAUCCGGACGCGUUUUUGGCGCAAAACAGCGACCUGGCGUACAUGUGUGGCGUUUGUUUGGCCGAGUUUAGCGACCGGGCCGCCCUGGAGGGCCACACGAGCAGCACGCACACGGAGGCGGAGCUGGCGGAGGCGGCGGCAGCAGCGGCAAAGGAAAAGGUGCAGCCGCCGGCGGCCGAAAGCGAGAGCACCGGCUCGCAGCAGAACGAUGUUAAGAAGGAGGGAGAGCAGGAAGGGGAGGAAGAGGAGGAAGAGGAGGAGGAAGCGGAUGAUGAGCAAAACGAGCAAAACAAUGCCGAUGAUGGUGUGAAGCAACAGCAGCAGCAGCAGCAGCAGGAGGAAGUGGCGGGCGAGGAGGAAACCAAAGGAGCGGAAAAGCCACCGGAGGGCUGCUCGCUGGUGUACAAGUGCAAGCUGUGCCAGUCGCGCUUCGUGACGAAACAGUCGCUGGCCACGCAUCUGGAGACGCACGUGGCGGCGAUGAAGCGCGCCGCCGGCAAGCGGCCGUACAGUGAAACGGGCGACGGCGAGGGCGCUGAUGGUGCAGAGGGUGGUGGCGGUGCCGACGAGGACGACUACAGUGGCGAGGACGACGACGAGGAGGACGAGUACGGUGGGGCAAACGCGGGCGGAGAGAAGCGCCCCAAACGCGCCAAGCCGCAGGCGGCCGAGGAGGACGACGACACGACGACGGAGGAGAUGCCGAUCGAUCCGGACGAGAUCUCGUUCAACCCGGACACGGGCGAGCAGAUGUUCACGUGCCAGGUGUGCGGCAAGGUGAUCAACACGGUGUCGCAGUUCCGCCGGCACAAGCGCGUCCACUCGCCCAAGGGCCGGCCGUUCGAGUGCCACAUCUGCUUCUACCGGUUUGCGAUGAAGUACAGCUACACGGCGCACAUGCUGCGGCACGAGCUGGGCUGCAAUCCGACCCAGCCGACCACGUACCGCUGCACCAAGUGCUCGGAAACGUUCACGCGCCGCAAGCUGCUCAGUCAGCACAUGGCCGCCAUGCACGGGCGCUGGUCGGACGGGGGCAGUCCGAUGUACGGGUCGCCGGGCCAGCCCGGGUCGACCAGCGGCCGCGGCACGCACACCUGCCCGAUCUGCUCGGAGUCGUUCACGCGCGAGAGCGUGCUGAACGGGCACAUGAAGACGCACAACCUGGAGGCGGCGCAGCUGCAACACUCUGAGGUAUGCUACCUUUGCCGCGUCUGCAGCAACGAGUACGAGUCGCGCGAACUGUACGAGGCGCACGCGGCCGAAGCCCACCCGGGCAUGAAGAUGGAGAUGGUGGAGGCGGGCGUGUCGGCGGACGUGCUGCAGAAGCUGGGCAAUGUGCUGGAUGCGGCUGCGGCUGCAGCUACUGCCCCACAGGACGGCGACGGCAACGCUGCGGUCAAGACCGAAGAGAAGCGUGACAAUGGCGCCGAGGGCGAGGAGGAGGAGCGUGUCGGGGCUGGCGGGGACGGCGGGGACGGCGGGGAGGAGGAGAACGGGGAGCAGAAGAGUGUGGCUAGCGCGGCCGUCGGGGGCUUUACGCUCAUCUUCAAGUGCAAGCUGUGCUCGGGCCGCUUCCUCAAGAAGAAAACGCUCGACUGGCAUCUGCAGACGCACCGGUCGAUCGCGAAACAGGGCGACGGUGUGGCGAUACUGCCCGAUCUGGGACCGGACGCGAUCGGCGACCAGCCCAAGAUGAGCAAGUGUACGGUGUGCGGACAGAUCUUCGACAAUGAGCUGCUCUUCCACGAGCAUAUGCGCACCCAUCAGCGCGGUCCGCGGCCGGGUGUCCACCUGGGGUACGGAGGGAUGGCGCAGCAGCCGCCAACGAGGCGCCGGCGAACCGGCGGCCGCAGCCUGAUCCAGUGCGAUCUGUGCAAAAAGACGUUCAUGUACCGCAGCCAGCUGCACCAGCACACGAUGCUGCACCAUCAGCCCGGCAAGCCGUACGAGUGCAAGAUCUGCCACUACAGCUUCGUGCACAAGCUGAACCUGAAGCGCCACGAGCUGACGCAUCUGCGCGAACCGCCCCGCCAGCUGCUCGACCAGCAGCAGCAGCAGCAGGACGCGGAUCAAGACGAUCAGCUGGACAACUCGCACCUGCUGCAGCCGCUCGUGCUGAUGGCCGGCGGCACAGAAGAGGAAGCGACGAACGGUCGGGGACGUGGUGGUGGUGCCGCCGGAACCGCUCCAGACGAUGGUGGCGACGGCGAUCAGUCCGGCUCGGCAUUGGAUGGCUCGAGCGCGGCCGACGACGGUACGACGGGCAGCAGCGGGCGGUCCUGGACGGCGAAGAAGUUCAAGUGCGUCGUGUGCGCGCUGGUGUUUAACCGGCAGAACGAGCUGGUGGUGCAUCUGCAGACCCACAUCGAGCGCAUCAACGAGGUGAAGAACCGUACGGCGGCGGCGGUCGCUUCGGCGGCGGACGCCGGCAUCGCUCCGACCGAUCGGCAGUGCAAGCUGUGCCACAAGGUGUUCAAGUUCAGCUGCCAGCUGAAGCAGCACCAUCUGCUGCAUCACGCGCGGGAGAAACCGUUCGAGUGUCGCACCUGCCACUAUCGGUUCGAGUUCAAGGGCCACCUGGUGCGGCACCGGGCCAACCACCAUCCGAACGAGGCGAAGGAGGAUCAGGACUUUCCGAGCCCGUACCUUACGUCCACUCCGCUGCGGGGUGCGCGCGGCGGCGGCUAUGGAGGGGAGGCCAGCAGCAGCAGCCAGGGCAGCGGCAGCGUGCCAAAGUACGGCGGCAUGGUGACGGACGACGUGAUUAUCGCGCCGACCACGUCCUCGCCCCGGUCGGAGAGUGGGUCGGCCCACCAGUGCCCGAUGUGCUCGCUCAAGUUCAUCAAGGCGCGCUCGCUGGCCAUGCACAUGCGGAUACAUCUCGGUGGGCGGAAGCUGCGCCGCGUCAUACCGGCCUCGACGGCGGCCCCGUCGCCGCCGGGCGAGGCCCAGCCCGGCACGCCGACGACGGGGGCGGACAAGCUGGUGUGUCGGUUCUGCGCCGGCACGUUCCCGACGGCGCACGAGCUGAAGACGCACAUGAUGACGCACAUCGGCAGCGAGGCGAUGGAUCUGGAGGUGCCGUUCGGUAUCAGCGCGUUCAAUCUGCUGCACGAGAACAUGUUUAACGAUUCGAUGGGCGGCGAGGGUGGCUCGUCGACAGGGGCGCUCGGCGGCGAAGAUCACAGCAGUAUGGGCGGAGAGGGUGGCAGCAACAGCCGGGCGGAGGGUGGCAGCACGGACGGCGACUAUCAGCAGGACGAUGGCGAGGACGGUAGCGGCGGUGAUCCACUGUUCGACGGCUCGAAUCUGGAGCUCGUGCUGGAGGAUAACAUUCUCGAUAAAGAUUUUGGCAUGCGAUAUCAGCAGCAACAACAGCAGCAGCAACAGCAACAGCAAAAGCGCCGCUCUGGCAAGUCGGGUCAGAACAAUGGUGACGGUGGCGAUGAUGCCGGCGAAGAGGAGGAAGACGAUGACGAGGAAAACGAGGACGACGUGACGGACACGAACGAUGGAGACGGUGGCGCCGGCGAGGACGACGAGGAAGAGGACGAGGGCGAACAGUCGUCCGCGUCGACGAUGGCCAGCUUCCAGCGGCACAUGAACCUGAUGGCGACGCACCGGUCGCGGCUCGCGGCCACGGCCGCCCUAUCCGCCCGGUUGCAGGCGACCCCCUCCGCCUCCUCCUCGUCACAGUCGUCCUCGUCGGCGAAGGGCAAGAUUGUGUGCGAGCUGUGCAAGAAGGAGUUCCUCUACCCGUGCAAUCUCAACCAGCACAAGCAGCUGCACCAUUCGAAGGAGAAGCCGCACGAGUGCCGCAUCUGCCACUAUCGCUUCGAGUACGUCGGCCACCUGCAGCGGCACAUCCGGCAGCAGCACGAAAAGAUGGCGGAGGAGUUGCUGGCGCCGGCGGAACCGCAAACGUUCGAUUGCAACUUUUGCGGCGAAUCGUUCGACUCGAAGCCUCUACUAACGGCACACGUGCACACGUUGCACCGAGGCGAGAAGCCGUUCCAGUGUGACAAGUGUCCGGCUACGUUUAGCUAUAAGAAAUCUUACGAAACUCACCGAGAGGAACAUUACUUGAAAGCCAGUAAUGGAGCCUUCAAGUGCAGCUUCUGCAAGAAAACUUUCAACAGCGCACAAAAAGUAGACAACCAUGUUUGCAUUCAAUAGUGAAACCGGAAUAUAGAACACCACUCUACAAAGUAAUAUAAUAUAUACUGAAGCAAUGCUAACAAUUUACGCUAAACAAAAAAACAAACAAACACAAACCGCCGACCGUUUGGUGGGGGAUAGCGGAAGAACGAGCGGUGGUGGCUAAAACAAUACAAAUUAUAGCAGCUAUAAUGUAUCUUUUUACAACACACACACACACACACACACACACACACAUACUCAACACAUAUGCGCCGAAGCUCGUGUAAUUUUAGUCGAUAGGGAA